GCGCCGCGCUGGGACUGACGGGCUAACCGGUCCCCUACCCCCACCUACUCGCCCGCCCCCUCCGGGGCCACCCGGGGCCUCUGACCUCCCGGCCUGGCGCCGCCUGACGGAGCGGGAGUGGCUCGCUCCGGGCCGGCCGGCGCCGGGGAUGAGGCUGCCCGGACGGGUCUAGGGGCGCGCGAGGGGCCGAGCAUCCCACUCAGCUCGCCGGCCCCGGCCCCCGCCUCCCCCGCUCCUCCCGCCUGGCCGCCCCGGCCCGCCGUGACCCACGGCCGCCUCCGGAGCCCGACGCGGGCAUAUACUUCUCUUGUCUUGGUUGGAUGUACAAAUCUGUGUGCAGUGCUUUUUGCCCGUUGCCUAGACGAUCACUUGGUUUCUCUGAGGAUGUCUGGUUCUCGUAAAGAGUUUGAUGUGAAACAGAUUUUGAAAAUCAGAUGGAGGUGGUUUGGUCAUCAAGCAUCAUCUCCUAAUUCUACAGUUGACAGCCAGCAGGGAGAAUUUUGGAACCGAGGACAGACUGGAACAAACGGUGGGAGAAAGUUUCUAGAUCCAUGUAGCCUACACUUGCCUUUGGCUUCAAUUGGUUACCGAAGGUCCAGCCAACUGGAUUUUCAGAAUUCACCUUCUUGGCCAAUGGCAUCCACCUCUGAAGUCCCUGCAUUUGAGUUUACAGCAGAAGAUUGUGGCGGUGCACAUUGGCUGGAUAGACCAGAAGUGGAUGAUGGCACUAGUGAAGAAGAAAAUGAAUCUGAUUCCAGUUCAUGCAGGACUUCCAAUAGUAGUCAGACAUUAUCAUCCUGUCAUACUAUGGAGCCAUGUACAUCAGAUGAAUUUUUCCAAGCCCUUAAUCAUGCCGAGCAAACAUUUAAAAAAAUGGAAAACUAUUUGAGACAUAAACAGUUGUGCGAUGUAAUUUUAGUCGCUGGUGAUCGCAGAAUUCCAGCUCACAGAUUGGUGCUCUCCUCUGUCUCAGACUAUUUUGCUGCCAUGUUUACUAAUGAUGUCAGAGAGGCAAGACAAGAAGAAAUAAAAAUGGAAGGUGUAGAACCAAAUUCAUUGUGGUCCUUGAUCCAGUAUGCUUAUACAGGCCGCCUUGAAUUAAAAGAAGAUAAUAUUGAGUGCCUGUUAUCUACAGCUUGCCUUCUUCAGCUUUCACAGGUUGUAGAAGCAUGCUGUAAGUUUUUAAUGAAACAGCUUCAUCCAUCCAACUGUCUUGGAAUUCGUUCUUUUGCUGAUGCCCAAGGUUGUACAGAUUUGCAUAAAGUGGCUCACAAUUAUACUAUGGAGCAUUUCAUGGAAGUAAUCAGAAACCAGGAAUUUGUAUUAUUACCAGCCAGUGAAAUUGCAAAGCUCUUGGCUAGUGAUGACAUGAACAUUCCUAAUGAGGAGACAAUAUUGAAUGCACUUCUUACUUGGGUCCGUCAUGAUUUGGAACAGAGACGGAAAGAUCUAAGUAAACUUUUGGCUUAUAUUAGGCUACCUCUUCUUGCACCACAGUUCCUGGCAGACAUGGAAAAUAAUGCACUUUUUCGGGAUGAUAUAGAAUGUCAGAAACUCAUUAUGGAAGCAAUGAAGUACCAUUUAUUACCAGAGAGACGACCCAUGUUACAAAGUCCUCGGACAAAACCUAGGAAGUCAACUGUUGGUACAUUAUUUGCAGUUGGGGGAAUGGAUUCAACAAAAGGAGCAACAAGCAUUGAAAAGUAUGAUCUCCGUACAAAUAUGUGGACUCCAGUAGCAAAUAUGAAUGGGAGGAGGCUACAGUUCGGUGUUGCAGUGCUAGAUGACAAACUGUAUGUGGUUGGAGGAAGAGAUGGACUGAAGACUUUGAAUACUGUAGAGUGCUACAACCCCAAAACAAAAACUUGGAGUGUGAUGCCACCUAUGUCCACACAUAGACAUGGCCUUGGUGUGGCUGUACUGGAAGGUCCCAUGUAUGCCGUAGGAGGACAUGAUGGCUGGAGCUAUCUGAACACAGUGGAAAGAUGGGACCCUCAGGCUCGCCAGUGGAAUUUUGUUGCCACUAUGUCUACCCCUAGGAGUACAGUAGGUGUGGCAGUACUAAGUGGAAAACUUUAUGCAGUUGGUGGUCGUGAUGGAAGUUCUUGUCUCAAAUCAGUAGAAUGUUUUGAUCCUCAUACGAAUAAGUGGACACUGUGUGCACAGAUGUCAAAAAGGAGAGGUGGCGUAGGAGUGACGACCUGGAAUGGACUGCUGUAUGCUAUAGGGGGGCACGAUGCUCCCGCAUCCAACUUGACUUCCAGACUCUCAGACUGUGUGGAAAGAUAUGAUCCCAAAACAGACAUGUGGACUGCAGUAGCAUCCAUGAGCAUCAGCAGAGAUGCAGUCGGGGUCUGUUUACUUGGUGAUAAGUUAUAUGCUGUUGGGGGGUAUGAUGGACAGGCAUACCUUAAUACCGUGGAGGCUUAUGAUCCCCAGACAAAUGAGUGGACCCAGGUUGCUCCACUGUGCCUAGGAAGAGCUGGAACUUGUGUUGUGACUGUAAAAUUAUAAUUUAAUGCCCUGUUUUCUACAUGAAGACACUGUCUUCCUUUAUUAAUUUAGUAUAAUUAUUCUAUCAAUGGAUACAUUUUUAGUAAAUGUGCAUUGUCACAAUCCUGGGCACAAAGUGCCUGAUGUCAAAGUGAAGAUAGUAAAACAAGGGAGGAAGCAGUGGAUGGACCAGGAUUAAUUCCUUUCAUUUCUUAGUAAAUUAAAACCUGCAGCUGGUGGAUUGUGGACACACAUUCCCGAUGUAAUAAGUGAGGACGAAUGCACUGCUCUGGAACAUAACCCAGUGCUAACUGGGGGUUUCAUUUAUUCAGUCAAGCACAUCUUACUCACAUCCAGAUUUAUUUUCCUACAGUGCAAACACACCAGAUGAAACUUUAAAAUGUUACUUUUUGUAAGCUUAUCAUAAAUGAGUUGCAGUAAUUUGUUUGCUUGUUUGUUUAACCACAACCACUAUUUUAAUGAUAUACUAAAGAUAACACUAUUUAGUUUUUUCAGAAACAUCUGCAUUAUAUGUGUGUUGGUUGUGGAUUUUGUUUCUAAAAUUGGCUUAGUCCAAUAAAUAAAGAAAAGCAUUAAGGACUUAAAGCAACAAUAACCAAAUAAAAACUUGAUAGGAUCUUUGAAAUCUGUUUAAAUAUUCAUUCCAUUACAUCUAGACUCACCAAGAACUACAUGUUAUGAUGUUAAGUUGAAGUUGAAACAUGAUGUUUUGCAUUAAAUUUAAGAUAUGCAAAUUUAUGUAGAGAAAAUAAAUGUUAUAUACCCUAUAAUGUUCUUUCACCUAAUUAGUAUUUAAUUAUAUGGAUUUGUUUUAUAUUAUAAAAGAUGUUUUGAUUUUGUCUUUUAAUAUUGACAAAAUUGUUUGGAUAUCCUUAUGUUCUCAAGUCUGUAUCUGCCUCCCCUGCCUUAUUUCUUAUGUUUUGCCACAGUUAACCCAUUGUGCUUCUUUGUAAUCAAACAGUUUGUGGGAGAAUGGGCUUAUUGAAUGUCUAAAAAAUAAGUUUAAAGUGUUUGUUACCCUAAGUUUUUUACAUUUUUAAACUCUAAUUACAUAUGUGAAUGUUAUUACUCUCAGUGAAUUGUUAUUGUUUGCAAAAAUGCACUGAGCAGUAACAUUUUGUGAUAAAUCCUAUAAGAUAUAAGUCAUUGAGAUGUCUAAGAUGCUUUUUAUUUUAACCCCAGUUAAUAACCACCUUAUGGAAAAUAAUAUUUGCUAAUAUUGUUUAUUGUGAACUAGGAAUCAAAGUUUUUGUAUGCAUCAAUGCACUUAAUCCUUAUAACAACCUUAUGAGGUAGUUCUAUUCCCUUUUUAUAGCUAAGGAAAUUGGGGUACAGAGAAGUUAGCCCCAAGGUUAUAUAUUGCAAGUAAGUGGCAGAGCAGGGAUUCAUACAAAGACCUUCUCACUCAGCAGUCUUCACUCUUACUAUUCCUGCCACUAGGUAGAAAAAGAAAGAUUUCGGCCGGGCACAGUGGCUCACGCCUAUAAUUCCCAGCACUUUGGGAGGCUGAGGUGGGCGGAUCACGAGGUCAGGAGAUGGAGACCAUCCUGGCUAACACAGUGAAACCCCGUCUCUACUAAAAAUAAAAAAUAAAAAAAAAUUAGCCAGGCGUGGUGCGGGUGCCUGUAGGCCCAGCUACUCGGGAGGCUGAGGUGGGAGAAUGGCGUGAACCCAGGAGGAGGAGCUUGCAGUGUGCCGAGAUCGCACCACUGCACUCCAGCCUGGGUGACAGAGCGAGACUCCAUCUAAAAAAAAUAAAUAAAUAAAAAAUAAAAGAUUUCA